CUUUUCUUACCAUCAGAAGUAAAUUUCAUAGAGAGCAAAGUGACCAUAAACCGCUAUUUAUCUCAAAUCACCACUGAGAAAAGUUUUUUGUAAGAGGAUUUCCUAUCAGACAAACAUGUUUUUAAGCACGCAACUUUGGGCCUGAUUUCCGAAAGUUGUGAUUGUGAAAAACUGCAGGCUCUGGCAAUACCGCAUCGCUCAAUAGGAGAAAAUAACCUGAAAAAUGAGCCUAACCUCGGUUGUAAACAGAACAAUGUUUUAAUCAAAUUUGGCCCAAAAACCCGUUAUAUUCUAUUCAGUAUAGUGGCGAACCGAUCAAAUGGAAGCUCCGCGCAAAGAAACGGAUGUAAAUCUCAAAUCCAUCCUAAGUUCCCCAGUAAAACAUACGCCAGCUGUUCCAGUGCCAGACUGGAGCCCCCCGACGCCUGUUCCAGCCCCGGACCUCACGAGCGGAAAGUCCAAUCCCCGUGUGAUCCAAGUCAGUAUCCCUGGAUUGCCCACUGGAGAGCCCUACACCAACAUUGCGCUUCAGAAUUGUGUGGCAACUGUUGAUAUGCACACCACUCUGAACCUACAGCUGAUCAAUGCCAAGACAAGGAACACUGAAUUCAACCCCCAGAGGUUCCAUGGGCUUAUAAUGCGGAUCAGGGAGCCGAAAACGACGGCGCUGAUUUUCCGGUCCGGAAAAAUCGUCUGCACUGGAGCCCGGAACGAGUUUGACGCCUUAAUUGCUUCAAAGAAGUUUGCCAGAGUCAUCCAGAAGCUCGGCUUUCAUAUCAAAUUCGCCAACUUCAAAGUGCAAAACUUGGUUGCUACUUGCGAUUUGAAAUUUCCCAUCAAAUUGGAAAACUUGAAUCACAUGCACGGUCAAUUCAGCAGGUCGUUACGAGCCGGAACUGUUUCCCGGACUCGUUUACCGGAUGAUCAAACCCAAGAUCGUUUUACUCAUAUUCGUUAAUGGAAAGAUCGUAUUCACGGGCGGUAAAUCCCGAGAAGACAUCAAGGAAGCCCUAGAGAACAUUCAUCCCAUAUUGAGAAGCUUCCGGAAGAAUUGAUUCCCAUUUUACAGGUUUUACCUCUUCACAAUCAACAGGGUUUCGUUUAUUCGUGUGUAUUUGUAUGGGCCUAUUGUCGUUUAGUUAAUAAAAAUUUGUCAUUCUAAA